CGAAGCUCCCAUGUCUGGAAAAGCACAACAUCCAUGCCUACCUUAGGGCUCAAGCUCAAAUGUGAGAUGUGAUACAAUUGUGAGAUCAAACGUUUGUUUGAAUGAGAGCUCGCAGUCUGGCGAGUUGACAUGAAGGAUAACCAUACAUCCGCUUUGCCAGACUGAGGCUUGUUCUUCGGUCUUGCGUGCUGUGUCUUGGGAAAUUCGCCUCCCCCGAAGUUGAGCUUCCACACUCCGAGUUCUGGGAUGCUCUGCAGCGCGCCCCUCCGCAAUGGCUCGAGCAGGCUGCGGCCUGUGUUGCCAAUGGCCGUAUUGGUGCUGAGAAAUGCCCAAUUCGCCCACAGCAGGUGUGUGAGGAGCUACUCCAGCGAGCAUGCCCAUCACGAGGCACGGAUUGAGAGCAUCCGCAACAUCGGCAUCAUCGCCCACGUCGAUGCGGGCAAGACGACCACCACGGAGCGCAUGCUGUACCACAGCGGCCGUACACGCCAUAUCGGGAAUGUUGACCAUGGCAACACCACCACGGACUUCCUGCCCAUGGAGCGGGAGCGCGGCAUUACCAUCCAGUCGGCCGCCAUCACCUUCCAGUGGCCGCCGAAGUCGGUGUGUCCGCCGGGCCAUGAGCCCAAGACCAUCAACCUCAUCGACACGCCCGGCCACCAGGACUUUCGCUACGAGGUCGACCGCUGCUUGCCCAUCCUGGACGGCGCCGUGUGCAUCCUCGACUCUGUCAAGGGCGUCGAGACGCACACCGAGCGCGUGUGGGAGUCUGCACAGCUUUCCAAGAUCCCCCGCCUGCUCUUUGUCAACAAGUUGGAUCGCGACGGUGCCAGCUUCAAACGGUCGGUCCAAGAGGUGGCAUCCCGGUUGAGGACCUGGCCUCUGCUCUGCCAGAUUCCGUGGUGGCAGAAGGACGACUUUGUCGGCGUCAUCGACGUGAUCCACGAGCUCGGCCUGCGGUUUUCGAGCACCGGCGCCAUGUCGGUAGUCAGCAAGGAAAGCAUCGCCAAGGAGAACCAGGCGCUGCGAGAGGAGAUGGAAAGGGCUCGGCUCCGUCUGAUUGAGGCGCUGUCGGAAAACGACGAUCAGAUCAUGGAGGAGUUCCUCGAGCUGGAGAAGGACGUCCCCUCGUCCUCGAUCAAGCAGGCCAUCCGGCGCUUGAUCAUGGAUGGCGAGGCCAAGUUUACUCCGGUUUUCGCAGGCGCUAGUCUACGGAACAUUGGCGUCCAGCCGCUGUUGGAUGCCGUCGUCGACUACCUUCCCAGUCCGACCGACAGGCCACCACUGCAGAUUAUGGGUGUUAAUGCGCACACUCUGCCCGAGCUUCUCACAGAGCCCGUCAAGAAAAAGGGACACCAUCAGCACGAGCCACCAGUCACCGCUCUUGCCCACGUCUUCAAGGUCGUCGACGAUCCACGCCGGGGCAUGAUGAGCUGGCUGCGUGUCUAUCACGGCGCCUUCAGCCGGAGCAGCCACAUGUGGAACAGCAACAUGCACACGUCCGAGAAGCCUCAGCACUUACUCCACGUGUCGGCAAAGGACCACCACGAGAUACCGAAUCUACCCACCGGACACAUUGGCGCCAUGACCGGGCUGAAAUUCGCCCGCACGGGAGACACGCUGCUUACGUUCCCCCGCCAGCACAACACCGCCCCCGAGCCCUUUAGAAACCUCCGCAUCAAAGCGCCAGAGAUCCCGCCCGCGGUCGCCUUCAUCGCCAUCGAGCCGUACACGCGCACGGCAGCCGAGAAGCUGGAGGAAGCACUCAACAAGCUGUCGCGCGAGGACCCCAGCAUCAGGUGGACCAAGGACGAGAAGACGGAGCAGCUGAUCCUCUCCGGGAUGGGCCUGCUGCACCUCGAGAUAGCUCAAGACCGCCUCCUGACCCAUUACCGAAUCGACCGGGAGUCGGCCAUGUGGGGCGACAUUGAAGUUGAGUACUCGGAGUGCCUCCUCAGCCCAACGGGGCCUCACCGCGCCGUGUACGACCGCACCAUCCGCGACAGCGCAGGCAAGGCGGCCUGCACAGCCAGCAUCGAACCCCUCGAGGCGCACCAUCACGACACCGUCCUCGAAUCCAGCAUCGAGCGCGACGGCAAUAUCAUCCACAUAGCUAUCCCGCUCCCCACGACCGGGAAAAACACCAAUACCGACAAUAUCCUCCCGUUUGACCCCGAGCUCGUGCGCCAGCAGCUCUUCAACGGCGCCAUCGCAGGACUUGCACGAGGGCCCCGACGCAGUGCCCCCGUCCGCCGCUGUCACGUGCACCUCACUUUCGACCCGUCGACCGACUUCUUCGGCACAUCCGCCUCAACCGGCGGGCACAUCACCAACGCGGCGUUGCAUGCCGUGCGCGGCGCACUCAAGGAAGCCCACGCCCGCAGGCAGGUCGGCAUCCUCGAGCCGUUCACCCACGUGCGCAUCCACUGCCCCGAAGAAGCCGGGCACGCGAUCCAGCACGACCUGGUCGCCGCGCGCGGCGGGCAGGUGCUGGAGGUGCGCAAGCCCGAGGACGAGGCCGUGGCUGAGGGCGAAGAGGAAGAAAACGCCCGGGUCGACGUGAGCAAGGUCUACGUCCCACCCGACCCGUACGAGUCGGUGCAGAGCCUGCGCGAUCCGAAGAAGGCGGUCGUCCGGAUGCUGACCAUCGUGGGCAAGGCGCCGCUGAAGGAGAUGAUGAAGUAUGACAGCCAGCUAAGGAGUAUCACUGGGAGCAGGCAUGCGCUGCAGUUGGAUCCGGGCGGGUUUGAGUUGGUUACCGGGCCGAGGGAGAAGGCGUUGGAGGAGAGGUAGCGUACUGG